GCCAUAGAUAUCAUUGGGAUUGUUAGCAUGCGUAAAUUCCGCCGCCAUCUUGUGACGGGGUCCCGACCAGUCCCACAAAUGGAAGAUGCCGGACUUUUGUGCUGCUUAUGGAUGCUCUAAUCAAAGAAAUGAUAAAACUAAACAACAGGGAAUAACAUUUCACAGAUUCCCAAAUGACAAACUGAGGCGACAGGCAUGGACAGCUGCACUGAGGAGGAAGGGGUUCGAGCCACAAUCCCGUACAGUCAUCUGUAGCUGUCAUUUUAAACCUGAAGAUUUUGACAGGACUGGACAGACGACCCGUUUAAAGGAAGGAGCGAUCCCAUCCGUUUUUAAAUUUCCCGACCAUCUUUCCAAACUGUCCAGUACAUCCGGGACUUGCAGGACAUACAAAAAGGCAGCCACAGAAUGUCCACGUCCACCUGCCAGCGGACUUGGAGGACUCCAUCUCAGCAAGGAGUCAGUAACAGAUCACCAUUAUGCCUUUGACCCCGUUAAAGCAAAACACGACAUAGCUGAGGCCCAGGAGCAGCUGGAGAAAUUACAGCGGGAAUUGAGAAAUGCCAAGGACCGUGAAAAAAGACACAAUAAGAGAGUGAAAACCCUGUUACAGGAUUUAAAAGACAAAGACAUCCUAACAGAAGAACUGCAGCAGAAGCUGGAUAACUACUCUGAGCUGUUGAAGUGGCUGCCUCGCCCCAAGAUGGCAGCUGCAUUGACGCAUCACUCCAGUGAACAGCAGUGACCAAGGCGGCAUCUACAUGUAUGAUCUUUAUGAGUAACUGCAUGCGCAGUUAGCACUGGCUCGGAAUAUUGACAGGACUGAACGAUAGAAAGCUUUUUGUGACCUCUGUUAAGCACGUCCCCUUUCUUUAACUUUUGUAAUUGUUUGUAUGACUGCUAUAUAUUUAUGUUAUUUAUUUGAAUUUAACUAUAAUUUUUGGACAUUUAUUAAAGGUUGUACAUUAUGUAGGAUCAUUUGUAUUAGACAUAUCAUGCAUUUUUACAGUUUUUUCCAAUGACCUACAUCAACUCCAGUGGUUUCUUAUGUUCUGUAAAAUUCCCAAGAUUUGUAAAUAGAAUUGCCUUGAAGUCCAAACCAGAUUUGCCCAUGGUCUGAGGGAGCCACCCAGUUCAUUUGCUUUAGUAAUUGGUUUUAUACAAAGCUUGUUUUUUUCCCUCUGAUUUAUACAUCCAGCUAAUAAGGGUUUGUCUUUUUUCAGUGGUGGAUGUAGCCAUUGGUGCCUCAUUUAUCAAUGUAAUCAUGGCUUCAAAAACCUGAGAAAAUUUUGUAUCAAAGUUUGAAUUAAAAGAUUCAUAUGGUAAAA